GUGCAGCAAGGGGGUGUAUGGAGCAAACCAGGCUUGCCAGGCCAUGGGCAACCUCUACCACGACGGCUGCUUCACCUGCGGAGCCUGCAGUCGAAAGCUGAGGGGAAAAGCCUUUUAUUUUGUCAAUGGCAAGGUGUUCUGUGAAGAAGAUUUCCUGUAUUCUGGUUUCCAGCAGUCAGCUGACAGGUGUUUCAUUUGUGGUCAUUUGAUAAUGGACAUGAUCCUGCAGGCUCUAGGGAAAUCAUAUCAUCCAGGCUGCUUCCGAUGCGUGGUCUGCAACGAGUGUCUGGAUGGUGUGCCAUUCACUGUAGACUCUGAAAACAAAAUCUACUGUGUCAGAGAUUACCACAAAGUUUUAGCUCCAAAGUGUGCAGCGUGUGGGCUUCCCAUUCUGCCCUCUGAGGGGUCUGAUGAGACCAUUCGGGUUGUGUCCAUGGACAAGGAUUACCACGUGGAAUGUUAUCACUGCGAGGACUGCGGGAUGGAACUGAACGACGAAGAUGGGCAUCGCUGUUACCCGCUAGAUGAACAUUUGCUUUGUCACUCCUGUCAUCUGAAACACAUAGAGAACGGCACUACCCCAGCAGCUGUGUACCAGCACCACUACUAGCCAGCGUGGCCAACACGGGAAAGCCUGGACAGAAGACUUGUUACGUGAUCUCCCUCUCCCCACCCUCAGUUGAUUUCCUGUGCAUGUUUUUCGCCAGUCGGCAACGUUCCUGUAAAAGGAUAUGAGAGAUUUUUGCUGGAUUCCCAGAGUAUGUAUGCUUCUGAGUUCCAGCUGUAUCAAACCAUGUCUACUUGACCAAGAAUGUGGCAUGUUAUCUAAACUGAUCAGUUUACUUUUACGUGCCUUUUUCUGCUCUCUGGAGAUUCUUCUUGGCUCAUUUUGGAAGAUUCUUCAGUGAAAGCACAACUUGCUGUCGUGCCUAUGAACUCAGAUCAUGCCAUGCACAAUUAAAAAGCCAGAGGCUGGCUUGCCUGCCUGCCUGCCUGCCGGCCGGGGACAUCCCAUCAGUCUACUAAGUGUUUCCUGACAAGCACAUUUCUUCAGAUUCCCUGAAGAACAUCAACCUAUUAAUACCAGUUUUUAGACACUCUCUCUCUUUUUAUUACUUCUUUAGGAAAAGAAAAGAACGGGGUCUGUGCAAAA